ACAGCCUGCUGCUCCGAGGGGCGCCGCUCCGAAAGUGGGGAACUCGGGAGUCUCGGGCAUGAUUUAUUAAAAGCUGCUGCAGGGAAGGCGGUGGCCGCGCUCUCCUGCCCACGGCGCGGCCCGAGCUGGUGCAGCCCCGAGCUGGUGCAGGGCGCGCCCCCACCCCUGCUCCUCGCGGGCGGGCUCCCGCGCCCGGACUUCUCUCCCGAACAAUCAGGGACUUGUGCUGGCGGCCGAAGGAGCCACGGCGCUGGCUGGCCGCGGAGGAGGCGACGUCAUGGAUUCCUGAGUGUGAAGUUUGCAGGAAAGCCCUCAGUUUUGGAGAUGGACGGGAUCCAGCGGUUUCCAUGGCGCUGGGUAAACAGGAGGAAACAGUGAGGGAAUCCCGUUAUUUUACUGCAUUGAACGCCUAUAAACACGGAGCGCGGGGAAGGAAGUCGCGUUGCCUCUGGAGUAGCCGAGCGCGGAGCCGCCGACUCGCCGCGCCGGAGGGAGCGAGGGGCGCAGCCGGGCGGCUCAGGCUCCUCCAGCGCCGCGCCGCGGGCGGGCGGCAGAGCUCGGCGCCCCUCGGCGGCCGCCGACCCCGACCCCGACCCCGACCCGGACCCGGACCCGACCCGCGCCGGCUCGCGCCCUCCAGAUGCAGAGGGAGGCUGCGCUCCCGCCGGGGCCCCGCCACCCGCUCCGCAUCAUGGGGUCUGUGGACCAAGAAGAGCCGAAUGCACAUAAGGUCGCCAGCCCACCCUCCGGACUCGCAUACCCCGAUGAUGUCCCGGACUGUGGCCUCAAGCCUUACAGCCCCCUCGCCAGUCUCUCUGGCGAGCCCCCCGGCCGGUUCGGAGAGCCGGAUAGGAUAGGGCCCCAGAACUUUCUGAGCCCCGCCAAGCCAGCAGGGGCCUCGGGCCUGAGCCCUCGGAUCGAGAUCACUCCGUCCCACGAACUGAUGCAGGCAGGGGGGCCCCUCCGCAUGAGAGACGCCGGCCUCCUGCUGGAGCAGCCAGCCCUGGCCGGGGUGGCCGCCAGCCCGAGGUUCACCCUGCCUGUGCCCGGCUUCGAUGGCUACCGCGAGCCGCUUUGCUUGAGCCCCGCUAGCAGCGGCUCCUCUGCCAGCUUCAUUUCCGACACCUUCUCCCCCUACACCUCGCCCUGCGUCUCGCCCAACAACGGCGGGCCGGACGACCUGUGUCCCCAGUUUCAAAACAUCCCUGCUCAUUAUUCCCCCAGAACCUCGCCAAUAAUGUCACCUCGGACCAGUCUCGCCGAGGACAGCUGCCUGGGCCGCCACUCGCCCGUGCCCCGUCCGGCCUCCCGCUCCUCGUCACCUGGUGCCAAGCGGAGGCAUUCGUGUGCAGAGGCCUUGGUUGCCACGCUGCCCGGAGCCUCACCCCAGCGCUCCCGGAGCCCCUCGCCACAGCCCUCAUCUCACGUGGCCCCCAGGGAGGACGGCGCCCCGGCUGGGUACCCCCCCGCAGCUGGCUCGGCCGUCCUCAUGGAUGCCCUCAACAGCCUCGCCACCGACUCGCCUUGUGGGAUCCCCCCCAAGGUGUGGAAGACCAGCCCAGACCCGUCACCGGUGACCGCUGCGCCGGCCAAGGCCGGCCUGCCCCGCCACAUCUACCCCACGGUGGAGUUCCUGGGGCCCUGCGAGCAGGAGGAGAGGAGGAACUCGGCUCCAGAGCCCAUCUUGCUGGUGCCGCCAACCUGGCCCAAGCAGUUGGUGCCUGCUAUUCCCAUCUGCAGCAUCCCAGUGACUGCAUCCCUCCCCCCACUGGAGUGGCCGCUUUCCAGCCAGUCGGGCUCCUACGAGCUGCGGAUCGAGGUGCAGCCCAAGCCGCAUCACCGGGCCCACUAUGAGACGGAGGGCAGCCGGGGGGCCGUCAAAGCACCAACAGGAGGUCACCCCGUCGUGCAGCUCCACGGCUACAUGGAAAACAAACCUUUGGGGCUUCAGAUCUUCAUUGGCACCGCGGACGAGCGGAUCUUGAAGCCCCACGCCUUCUACCAAGUGCACCGGAUCACGGGGAAGACUGUCACCACCACCAGCUACGAGAAGAUCGUGGGCAACACCAAGGUCCUGGAGAUCCCGCUGGAGCCCAAGAACAACAUGAGGGCGACCAUCGACUGCGCGGGGAUCCUGAAGCUCCGGAAUGCCGACAUCGAGCUGCGCAAAGGCGAGACGGACAUCGGCAGGAAGAACACCCGGGUGCGCCUGGUGUUCCGGGUCCACAUCCCGGAGUCCAGCGGCCGCAUCGUCUCCUUGCAGACGGCCUCCAACCCCAUUGAGUGCUCCCAGCGCUCCGCCCACGAGCUGCCCAUGGUGGAACGGCAGGACAUUGACAGCUGCCUGGUCUACGGGGGCCAGCAGAUGAUCCUCACGGGACAGAACUUCACGGCCGAGUCCAAAGUCGUGUUCACCGAGAAGACCACAGAUGGGCAGCAAAUCUGGGAGACGGAAGCCACGGUGGAUAAAGACAAGAGCCAGCCUAACAUGCUUUUUGUUGAGAUCCCUGAGUAUCGGAACAAGCACAUCCGCACCUCUGUGAAGGUGAAUUUUUAUGUCAUCAAUGGAAAAAGGAAACGAAGUCAGCCCCAGCACUUUACCUACCUACCAGUCCCAGCCAUCAAGACGGAGCCCAGCGAUGAGUACGACCCCUCUUUGAUCUGCAGCCCCGCCCAUGGGGGCCUGGGGAGCCAGCCCUACUACCCCCAGCACCCAAUGGUGGCCGAGUCCCCAUCCUGCCUUGUGGCCACCAUGGCUCCCUGCCAGCAAUUCCGCUCAGGGCUGUCCUCCCCUGACGCCCGCUACCAGCAGCAGAACCCAGCGGCCGUCCUCUACCAGCGGAGCAAGAGCCUGAGCCCCAGCCUGCUGGGCUACCAGCAGCCGCCCCUCAUGACCACACCCCUGUCCCUUGCGGACACCCACCGCUCCGUGCUGGUGCACGCAGGCUCCCCGGGUCAGAACCCAGCCCUGCUCCACCCCGCGCCUGCCAACCAGCAGGCCUCACCGGUCAUCCACUACUCGCCCACCAACCAGCAGCUGCGCUGCGGGAGCCACCAGGAGUUCCAGCACAUCAUGUACUGCGAGAAUUUUGCACCUGGCACUGCCCGGCCUGGCCUGCCUCCGGUCAGUCAAGGUCAGCGGCUAAGCCCGGGCUCCUACCCCACAGUUAUUCAGCAGCAGAACACCCCAAGCCAAAGAGCCGCCAAAAACGGACCCCCAGUCAGUGACCAAAAGGAAGCGCUGCCCACAGGAGUCACAAUUAAACAGGAGCAGAACUUGGACCAGACCUACUUGGAUGACGUUAAUGAAAUUAUCAGGAAGGAAUUUUCAGGACCUCCUGCCAGAAAUCAGACGUAGAAGCCGCCAUUGUAUCCGCCGCCUUCUGUCUUGGCCCUGCGGAGUCUCCGCCGCCCUCAGCUUCUGUCUUCAUCUCCCCGCCGAGGCCGCACUCAGAACAGUAUCUGGGCUCAGCACUGACCGCCUCUCUGUAAACACCAGAGCAUCCUUCCUGUUCAGUGUUCUGCCCCAGAAGAGCGUCCCGGUUGGUCUUCAUGGUGAUCCACCCAACAUCAAGUGCCUGCGGACCAGUGUCACAGCCUGAGUGCAGCGGGAUGCUGGAACUCACCGAGGCCCGAGUGGCAGAGCUGUGGGCACCAAGGAGGAGCCGGCUCUCUGUGUUCAAUCCUCCAGUCAUGGAUAUGGCUCCUGUUUCUUUUCAAAGAGGGCUUCUCAAAGCAAUCAAAAGAAAGUGGCCCCAGAGUUCAGCUUCCUAGUCAAGGAACCCCAAAGUCCUCAUGCUAGAGAUGGAAACGGACCAUUGUCCUUAGAGAUCGCCUCGUCCAGGCAAGGCUGGGCCACAGCAAAAGCUUUAUUUUGGAAUUUUCUCCUUCCAAAACAAAACUCCUUUGUGCAAAAUCAUCUGUUAAGACUUCUCAGUGUUAACUUAUGACAUGUGUACAUGAUUGGGUUUUUUUUCCUCUGCUUCAAAUUGCAGGCCAAGGAGGCUGGGGGUGGAGCCUCCUUGGCAGCUGCUCUGACCCCUGCAGCCAGCACUAAUGAGCGUCCAGGACGGAGCUGACCCCACUGCAGAGCGUGACCGGCUGUGCCCCACUCCUCCUUUCUGUCUUCCUAGCAGCCAGAGCGCUUGAACGUGGAAGAGUUAAGCAGAUUCUUAGGCCUGCGCAUUGAACGUUGAGAAGCAGUGGCCAGAGGACCAGGGCAAACACAAAACCAAGGAAGUACAGGGACUUUUGUUAAAAUGCAAGUGCUUUUGUGAGUGUUUCUCUACCAAGAUAGAAAGGCUGAAUCCCUUCUCAUGCCUGAACUCGGAGUGAGGCAGGGAGGCCCAGGCAGUGGCCCCAAAGGUCCUUACCUUUACUUGAAACCUUUAAUGCGCCCUAGGCCUCAGCGUGCUGGCCCGGGAGGGAGCCCGGCCUGGGUCAGCCUCCACGUCCAGAGCAGCUCUGCUCAGGUGCAUCCUUAGCCCGAGAGAGCUCUGCUGUCUGUCAUGAGCGAUUCAUCCCCAGGCUCCUCUGCUUUCUCCCACUGACACAGCUUUUGCAAACACACAACCCUGCGGGUCUGUGGUAGGAGAGUUUUAUUGUAGUGCUGGGUUUGCUUGCAUUUAGUGCAGACAUCAGGACAAACGGACAUUCAUUCCCAGCCGCUCGCCAUCUCCCCAGCCAGCAGCAAGGAGAGAUCACCUGUUACUCUUCACAAGGAUGUGCUUUGAGCAGUUUCUCAGCUCAGUCUGCCAGGCGCAAAGCCUAGAAAGAAAGUCACAGCCCCAAAGUGGCUUUUCUAAAUCCUGUCUGGUCAAGGUCGCUCAGAGAUAACCCUUGCUGAGAGCUGGGCCAGGUGUGCCUGGUGCCUCCGACGGAAGGCCAAGUGCCCAGGUUCUGGCCUGUGUGCCCAGGGGCAUUGUGGUCUUUUGGUCACUACCCAGCAGUUUCAUCCCCUAAUGGCACGGGUCCUUUCCGCUCCCACCCCAUGCAGAGUUGAGCAAAGUUCUCUUUGAAACACACAGAAUGCCAGUAAGAGCUUGAGCGCUCCCGCAGAGCUUCUGCGGUGCUGAUCACUUCCUCGUUAACAAAGCACGUUCCUUCUGCCAGCAGCUUGGCCCCUGGAGACCCCGUCUCCAGCAGCACUGCCUUCAGCCAGAGCCAGCCACGAGGGCUGGUGAGCGAUCUGGGCUCACUUGACCUGGCACGGAGCCAGUUUUGCACGUGAGGGGUCCAGGCCUUUCCUCAGUUACCUGAACGUUUACCCAAGUGCCUCCUGCUAUUGCACCAAAGUAGCUCGCUUCACUGUCCCUGGGGUAAAGAGAGACAACGCUUUCCCGCCAGUCUUCUAACCGUUCGCAAAAAAGGGCUUCCCGGCAGCUCCCCUCCCCCACAUAUACGUGUAUGUACGUGUGUAUGUAAUGCACGGACAGACCCCUUUCUUUUCCUAAGACAUCUUAGCUAGAUCGUAUAGGAAGCACUUUCAUGGAACUAUACCAAAUAGCAAAGGGAAGAAAAAGCACUAGUUUUGAGAUAUAAACAGGCAAGAGAAUGUACGGGGCGUGGACAGCAAUCAAGAAAGUCGUGUCAGUUACAAAUGCCAGGAGGAAGUUUGCCAAAGUCAUGGAUUGUGACAUCUUUUCAGUAUGGGAAGAGGUAAUCAGAGCCUCAGAAUCAGAAAGGAAAGGUGUCUAAGUGGGAAGGCGUUGCAUGUGUGUCAAGGGAGUCUCAGUUAAGUCAAGGUUAGUACCUGCUACAUCCAGCGUAAGAUGUAGCACCAGGUCUGCCAUGUCGCUGAAUGUAAUAUCCUCCAAAGUUUGCAAGUCUUCCAGUAUUGUAUAAAAAUACUGCUGCUUGAUAAUAUAUAUGCCAUCCAAAUUAACUAGUAUGUAAAUUUUUAUUUUCUUACCCGUAUUUUUAUGCUUUUUAUCUGCCCUCAAGAUAUUGCACCUCUGUUGGAGUUAGAAAAUAUUUAUAAAUGGUCAGAAAUCUUUCUAAGUGUCUCUUUUUACAUAUAUGUUGAUUCCUUUUUCCCUUAAAGAGCAAUGGUGUAUUCAUGAAAAGUUUUGUUAAUCAUUCCAGGAAAAAACACCCCGCUCUGAGCCCGGCAGGCACUCAGCCAGUAGGAGAAAGCAUUUCAGGGCGAGAAAAAGGAUGGCUUUGUGGAAGAAGAAUCUUGUUUUUCUUCUGCUUGUGGAAGAUAAUGCUUUCCUCAGCCCUGAGUCUGAGUUUUAUCACUGAGGAAAACUGUUAUAAGUAAAUGGGCUAGUAGGCGAUUUUGAUUUGAAACCAUUGAGCCUGCCUGCACUAUGAUGGAUGGAAUUCAGAAUUCCUACUCAGAGGACUGUGAGUGCCAGCUAGAUCUCAGGCCAGCCAAGUCCUGGGAGAUGACCGCCACACACAUCAACCAAAGGACAGCUGUGGGUUCCAGCAUCGAUGUGGCCGAGAUGGAAGCAGUCGAUUUCUUCCAAGAACUGGGAAGCACUGUUCUGCUAUUUUUGGUUUACAUUCAGUCACCAAGACAUUUGUCUCAACAAGCGAGCCUUGACCGGGGCAAGACUGUCACACUUAGGCAGAUCGGAAGUUGAUGUGUUGUGAUUGUCACUCUGGACUACGGGAGGUUGGACUUGUUUAUUUUCAUGUCACAGAGAACACUCUCCACAUGCUUUCUGUUGUUCAGACCUGAAAGAAUGUCAGUGGUCCACUUACAACUGGUCGUCACUUUGAGUUUACAAGAGGCACAGAGGUAGGGGCAUUCCUGACGAGCUGGGCUGACCACUCUCAAACUCAUUUUUUGCAUGGACAGCCCCCUGGGGACCCGACACACUUAACCUUGGGUCCUCCAAGCUUAGGGCUUGGGCAUUAAGUCUUGUGGCGUCAAAUAGGCCAGUUGCAAAUACAGGAGGUAUUUUCCUGCUUCCCACCAAAGUCCUUGAGAGCAGCAGGAUCUCAAAGCACCUUCCUUCACAUUCCUGAUGUCACCAUCUUAAUUCAGUUUGUUUAAAAACAUGGUUGAUAAGAAAGAUACUUCCUGAGUGAGCCUCUCUGAAAACACGAGGAGGUCCUGGGAGCUGAGAAGGAAAGGGUUAACUCUUUCCAGGCAGUGGCAGGGGGGUCGGAGGUUUGGAUGUGGUGGGUGUAGGUGAUGCGGUUUCCAUGACAGCAGGUGCUCCCUGCAUUCUGACUGGCCUGUUCAGAUACAGCUGUGGGGCCACAGGGCCAGCAUCUUGUCAGCAAAGCCCACUCCCACCUGUCGCCUCUGCAGCUCUUGGAGGGGAGGAAAUGAGGUCCUAAACAAUUCUCCAGGAGAUGCAAGCCGCUCCAGCUCGAUGGUGCUGGCAGGCUUAGGUUUGGAAAAUCCUGACUGUUAAGGGAGUUUGAAUACAUCACAUUCCUAUGCAAAAUGUUUUUUAUCUCCAAUUUAAUGUAGUUUAUUUUUGCUAUAUGUAAAGUAUUUUUAUACGGCUUGUACUAUGAUAGUUUAGCAAUAAAACAAUUGGAAGCAGCA